AUGGGUGCUUAUGUAACUAGCCUCUCGGCCUGGCGCCCGUUCGCUCAACCGACAGCAAUUACCGGCAAGAGUACAACCACCUCAUCCUGUGCAAACCCGUCGAAAUCUCCUCUCUCUGCGUCGCGACUCUUCCUUCUUCCGUCUAUUUUCGGGCGAAUUGGCUUCUGCUUCUUUUGCCUGUACACGGAACAUCAUGAGCUCGUUGAGCUUGCGGAGCUUGGCUCCUGCGUCAAAGCUCGCAUUUUCGGCUCCCAACCUCUCCGUGCAAAGGAGGCCAGUGGCCCCAUUGCAUCGAAGUAUCCUAUUAUUGACCAUGAAUAUGAUGCCGUCGUCGUAGGUGCCGGAGGCGCUGGUUUGCGAGCGGCUUUCGGUCUUGCGGAAGCUGGUUUCAAUACUGCCUGUGUCUCGAAGUUGUUUCCCACUCGAAGCCACACUGUCGCUGCCCAGGGAGGAAUCAAUGCAGCUCUUGGAAACAUGCACGCGGACGACUGGAGAUGGCACAUGUACGACACUGUGAAGGGUUCGGAUUGGUUGGGUGACCAAGAUGCGAUCCAUUACAUGACAAGAGAAGCGCCAGCAAGUGUUCGUGAAUUAGAAGGAUACGGUUGCCCCUUCUCGCGUACCGAAGACGGACGCAUCUACCAGCGUGCAUUCGGUGGUCAAUCGCAAAACUACGGAAAGGGUGGACAGGCUUAUCGAUGCGCUGCCGCUGCUGACCGUACUGGACAUGCCCUUUUACACACAUUAUACGGCCAGUCCCUACGACACAACACAAACUAUUUCAUUGAAUACUUCGCCUUGGACCUUUUGAUGGAAGACGGCGAGUGCCGCGGUAUCAUCGCCUAUAACCAGGAGGAUGGCACUCUCCAUCGCUUCAAGGCUCACCACACUGUCCUCGCAACUGGCGGUUACGGACGUGCCUACUUCAGUUGCACCUCUGCCCACACUUGUACGGGAGAUGGUAUGGCAAUGGUCGCUCGUGCUGGUCUUCCCAACCAGGAUCUCGAAUUCGUGCAGUUCCAUCCUACAGGUAUCUACGGUGCCGGUUGCUUGAUUACCGAGGGCUCUCGCGGUGAGGGUGGUUACCUCCUCAACUCCGAGGGUGAGCGAUUCAUGGAACGUUACGCCCCUACUGCUAAGGAUCUUGCUUCUCGUGACGUCGUUUCGCGAUCCAUGACACUGGAAAUCCGUGAGGGUCGCGGUGUUGGUCCCGAGAAGGAUCACAUCUACCUCCAGCUUAGCCACUUGCCAGCUGAACUUUUGCACGAACGUUUGCCUGGUAUCUCGGAGACCGCUUCUAUUUUCGCUGGCGUUGACGUCACCAAGGAGCCUAUCCCUGUUCUUCCUACCGUCCACUACAACAUGGGUGGUAUUCCCACACGUUACACUGGUGAGGUUGUUACUUUGGAUGAGAAUGGAAAUGACAAGACUGUACCUGGCUUGUAUGCUUGUGGUGAGGCCGCUUGUGUCUCCGUCCAUGGCGCCAACCGUCUUGGUGCCAACUCGCUCCUCGAUUUGAUCGUCUUCGGCCGUGCUGUUUCUCACCGUGUUCGCGACAUUUCUUCCCCAGGAAAGCCUCACAAGGAACUCAGUUCCGACGCAGGUGCUCAGUCUAUCUUGGAUCUCGACCACGUUCGUACUGCCGAGGGUCCUCACUCUACCUUUGAUAUUCGCAAUGCUAUGCAGAAGACUAUGCAGACGGAUGUCAGUGUCUUCCGUACACAGGAGAGCUUGGACGAUGGUGUCGCAAAGAUUAAGGAAGUCGAUGCUAUGUUCUCCAAGGUUGGCACCAAGGACCGCAGCAUGAUCUGGAACUCUGAUCUUGUUGAGACACUUGAACUUCGCAACCUCUUGACUUGCGCCACACAAACUGCUCACGCCGCUGCUAACCGUAAGGAGUCUCGUGGUGCCCACGCCCGCGAGGAUUACCCUGACCGUGAUGACGAGAACUGGAUGAAGCAUACUCUUACCUACCAAAAGACUCCUCACGGCGAGGUUGACCUUACAUAUCGUGCUGUCCAGGAUAAGACCCUGGAUGAGAGCGAGUGCAAGCCUGUGCCGCCCUUCAAGCGUGUAUACUAA